AUGAAUGGACUCUGGGAUGCGGAGAAUUGCGGGCGACCGUUGGGCAUGAGGUACUACAAUGGAUCCAUCUUCGUCGCAGAUGCCUACAAGGGCAUCCUCCGAGUCCAUCCUCAAUCGGUUACCUUGGGGCACGGGGAGACGCAAAUUGCCGCUCUGUCAUGUAGCCACGGUCAACUCUACGUUUCCUUCUCCAGGACAAAAAUCCAAGGGCAGCGUCGAAGGGAAUUGAAGGCGGUAGUGAAGCCCGAUGAUCCCGAGAUCGGAGGAAAAGUCUUCAACGACCUGGACAUCUCGCCGGAUGGCUAUAUUUACUGGUCGGAUUCCAGCGGAUUGGAAAGCCUCGAAGCCAUGAUCCUCGAGGUCUUCUCCUCUGGCUCUGGAAGACUGAUGAAAACGAGAAUAGCGGAUGGGAAAACGAGUGUCCUCCUCGAUCAUCUCCAUUUUCCCAAUGGGGUUCAAAUCUCUCCGGAUGGGUCUUACCUCCUCCUAUGCGAGACCGUCCGGUCCAGAAUACUCAAGUAUCACCUGGCGGGUCCGAAGAAAGGAAAGGCGGAGGUGUUUGCCACUCUGCCAGGGAUGCCCGACAACAUCCGCGGAAACGGACGAGGAGGUUACUUGGUCGGUCUGGCCAUCACCGUGGAUCCCGGGCGUUUGAACCUCAACCAAUAUAUUGCAUCCUAUGGAAGAUUGCGACUCGUCUUCGCGAGGAUCUUCGGCAUCCUUCGAUCGUCGUUCAAGGCUCUCCAUCGACUCUUCCCGAAUUCCCUCACCGGGUUCCUCUCGCAUCGG